GUGUACGCUAAUUUAUUUCGAUGUAGCAAGUGCUCUUCAGCUUUUAAUAGAAAUUAGUUUUAUUUUACUCUUUGAAGACUACAGCUAAAUGUAUAAACAUGAUUUUCUUUUAGUGUCAAAAUCAGAGUAUCAGUACUCCUCUUUUCGAACAUAAUGUGCAAGAAGUUAUGCUUCUUAAAGCGAUGUAACAUUAAAUACUGGGCUUGCAUUUUCUGGGCUUUCUUUAAUAUAGUCGUUGGAUUCGCUGUUAUUCCCCUGGCAAUGGAGUACGUAAAGCAGCAAAGCCUGCCAGUUUCAGUUUUGGUUAUUGGUUGCAUAUGUGGAGCAAACUUUAUUUUAUCGGGUUUCAUGCUUUUAAUUGGCGUUUUGAAGAGCAUCCGAUGUCUGGUGUUUUUGUCCAUAGUUUUCUGCGGAAUGGGAAUCUUCUUUAUUCACUGGCUAAUCAUUCCUUUGUUGCUCUACUUUAUUUUCUCCUUCGUCGUGUUUAACUAUUACCAAGUGGAUCUGUCUCCAGAUGAUCGGUAUAAAGUGCCCAGAAGGUUUUUGUAAAUUAAAUAAACUUUAUCU